AUGGGCCGCGUCUCGGACAGCGUGUCCUACAAGGUGAAGAACACCUUCGUGGAGUUCGGGCAGGCGGACGAGGUCGGCUACGAGCGGGUCCGCGCGCGCAGCGACGGCACCGAGCUGAACAGGGGCCUGCUGAGGGGCCCGCAGUCCCCGGAGGAGUUCGCCGAGUUCCAGGCCGCGCAAAAGGCGAGGGUCGUGGUGCCAGACACGCCCUCGCCCUUCCUGCACCCGUCCAUACCCGAGCACCGCGGGGACAUGCCGCUCCUGAGCCUCGCGGAGCCAGCCGCGGGGCACGAGGUCUCGGCCUUUGGAGACAUCGGCCCCGAGGAGCUCUACGGGCCCGGCGGCGCCGAGUGCUUCGACGCGGGGGACCUACCGGGCUUCUGCUACUUCCCCGUCCCGGGCAUGUUCGACCCGAGCACGGGGGAGUUCUCUGCGGGCGGCUGGUACAUGUCCGCCGACGGGAUGGGCGCGGAGCUGCAGGCCCUGGCGGAGAGCGGCUGGGGCCCGGAGGGCGGCGUGCAGAUGGAGGCCGGCCCCGCGGCCGAGGCGCCCUUCGGCGGCGGCUCCUCCGCGCAGGGGUGGGGCCCCGACGGGGGCGUGCAGGCGGAGGAGGAGCAGGGCCAGGCAGCGCCGGCGGCGGAGGCCGCCGGAGGCGCCGAGGCGUGGAGGCAGGACGCGGCCCUGCAGGGCCCUGGCGACGGCAGGGCCUGGGGCAAGGGCGGCGGGCAGGCGGAGAAGGAGCCCGCCUCGCACGAGGACGGCGCCUGGGAGGAGGGCCGCGCCGGGCCGGCGUGGGGCCGCAAGGGCGGCCGAGGCCCCCGCAGGCAGGCGCAGGCCAACGGGGAGGCGAGGCCGUCGUGGAGAGCAGCGGCCCGCCUGCCAGCGGCAGCGCGCCGGCGGACGGGAGCUUCACCACGGUCAUGCUCCGCAACAUCCCGAACAAGUACACUCGGGAGAUGCUGGUGA